GAUAAAUAGAGGAUUUCCCGGCAGUUAUACACUUUAUCAAUAAGAUAUGACGUCUGGAAUAGUGCCAGUUGGUACGGGAGAGAAUUUGAACAGGCUUCGUAGCCUAAUGAAUGAGAAUAAUGUGGAUAUUUAUAUUGUUCCGUCAGGAGAUGCACAUUCUUCAGAGUAUAUUGCAGAGUGUGACGCUCGCCGUGCCUUUAUUAGUGGCUUUGAUGGAUCGGCAGGAUGUGCAGUUAUCACACAGAAAGAGGCAUGUCUUUUUACAGACGGGAGGUAUUUUUUGCAGGCUAGUCAACAGCUUGAUAAAAACUGGACAUUGAUGAAACUUGAGGCUAAUAAUCCUACAUGGCAAGAUUGGACAGUUCAGCAGGCAAAAGAAGGAAAAACAGCGGGGGUCGAUCCAACAUUAAUUUCUUUUUAUGAGACGAUAUCUCUUUCAAAAAGACUUGCAUUAGAAUCGAAUGGAAAGUUAGUUAAUUUGCCUAAGAAUCUUGUGGAUGAGGUAUGGUCUAGUGAUAGACCGAAAAGGCCGAAUUAUCCGGUAACAGUUCAUCCAUUUGAAUUCUCGGGGGAGGAAUCGUCUGAAAAAGUAUCCAAAAUUCGAGAAUUUUUGAAAAAAAAGAAUGCGUAUGCUUUUUUUAUAUCUAUGUUGGAUGAUAUUGCUUGGCUGUUUAAUCUCCGUGGAACAGAUAUUCCUUAUAAUCCUGUUUUUUUUGCAUAUUCAUUAGUAACACAUGAUAAAAUUGUUUUAUAUAUUGAUGAUUCAAAAUUGGAUGAUCAUGUUAGGGAACAUUUGAAAUGUGUAGAAAUCAAGCCAUAUGACAGUGUUUUUAAGGAAUUGGCAACAUUGAAAGAUGAAAUUGAUGGGAAGAAGGUAGUUAUAUCUGAUGCAGCAAGCUGGGCGGUAGCUAUUGCAUUGGGUGAAACAAAUAUUGAAAUAACAAGAAGUCCUAUUUCUGAAGCAAAAACUAUCAAGAAUGAAAAAGAAAUUGAAGGCAUGAGAAAUUGUCAUGUUAGGGAUGGAGUAGCUUUAGUAAAGUUUUUUGCUUGGCUAGAAGAGUUUUUAAAAAAUGGAGGUGUUUUAGACGAAGUAGAUGCAGCUGAUCAAUUAGAAUCAUAUCGAAAGGAACAAGCUCACUUUGUAGGCCUAUCUUUUCCUACUAUUUCUUCUAGUGGUAAAAAUGGUGCUAUUAUUCAUUAUAAACCAGAAAAGGAAUCUUGUUCUCCUAUAGAUAUUAAUCAUAUUUAUCUAUGUGAUUCAGGAGCACAAUAUAGAGAUGGUACAACAGAUGUUACACGUACAUAUCAUUUUGGUGUUCCUACAGAAAAAGAAAGGAAAACAUUUACUUGUGUUUUAAAAGGCCAUAUUGCUCUUGCAAUGGCUGUCUUUCCAAGAGGAACAACUGGAUAUAUUUUAGAUAUACUUGCUCGUCAAUAUUUAUGGGGUAUUGGCCUUGAUUAUUUACAUGGCACAGGGCAUGGAGUAGGUAGUUUCUUAAAUGUACAUGAACCUCCAAUAGGUAUUGCACAAAAGCAAUUGUAUAACGAAAUGAUACUUUUACCUGGAAUGGUGCUUUCAGAUGAACCUGGAUUUUAUGAAAAUGGAUGCUAUGGACAGCGUAUUGAAAGUAUUGUUGCUGUAAAAAAUACUGAUACAACUUAUCAUUUUGGGAAUUCUCCUUAUUAUGGGUUUGAAUAUUUAACAAUGUGUCCUCUUGGCCUUAAUCUAAUUGAUCUAAAUCUCUUACAAGAGAACGAAAAACAAUGGAUCAAUAGUUAUCAUAAGCUUGUUUUAGAAAAACUUGGUCCAUUCUUGGAAGAUGAUCUUCGAGCUUAUAAAUGGCUUAUAAAAGAGACACAAUUCAUUUAAGAUCUCAUUUUUAACUGAAAAACAAAGGCAAAGGACCUUUCCCUUU